CAAGGAACUCAAAAAUUGCAGCCCGGUCUCGAGUUUUCAAACAGCGAUCACUCCCUGCUAGCUGAACCUUAGGAUUUUAUUACCAAGAUUCGAAGGUCAUGAAAGCCUCUAAGUUUAGGGAGAACUUCUGGUGUCCUCAUUUUCUCAGCACAAUCGGCUAUGAGAGCAUUAUUCAACACCUGAAUGAGGGUCGAAAGAACUGCAAGGAAUUUGAAGAUUUUUUAAAAGAAAGGGCAGUGAUUGAAGAGAAAUAUGGCAAAGAUCUGAUCAACCUCUGCCGGAAGAAGCCCUGUGGGCAAAGUGAGAUUAACACCUUGAAGAGGUCCCUGGAAGUCUUCAAGCAGCAAAUAGAUAAUGUGGGACAAUUUCACCUCCAGUUGGCACAAACUCUACGGGAAGAAGCUAGGAAGAUGGAAGAAUUCAAGGAAAGGCAGAAAAUACAAAGGAAAAAGAUAGAAGUUUUGAUGGAUAGCAUGCACAAACAAAAACAAUUACAGUAUAAGAAAACUAUGGAAGCAAAGAAGAUCUAUGAACAGAAGUGCAAAGAUAAAGAUGAUGCAGAACAGGCAGUUCAUCGGAAUGCAAAUAUAGCAACUCCAAAGCAACAAGAAAAGCUCUUUGUGAAACUGGCCACUUCAAAGACUGCUGUAGAAGAUUCUGACAAAACAUACUUGUUGAACAUUGGUUUGCUGGAGAAGAUAAGGGAAGACUGGCAGAAUGAACACAUAAAAGCCUGUGAGUUCUUUGAGAUCCAAGAAUGUGAACGAAUAAACUAUUUCCGUAAUGCGUUGUGGCAACACAUGAAUCAGCUCUCACAUCAAUGUGUCAUAAGUGAUGAGAUGUUUGAAGAAGUCCGUAAGAGUUUAGAAAUGUGUAGCAUUGAAAAGGAUAUUGAGUAUUUUGUAGCUCACAGAAAGACUGGACAAGUGCCUCCAGCACCUAUUGUGUAUGAAAAUUUCUAUAAUUCCCAGAGAAAUGCAGUACCAGCACGAAAUCCAGGACCUAGUAUGGGAAGGCGAGGACCUCCACCAAUUCCUCAAAGUACAUUAGGUAUUGAGGAGGAUGAUGAUUACUCUUUGGUGACUGAAUGCAAUAUUAUUUCUAACCAUAAUUAAUGGAAUUGAAGACUCUUAACCUGAUGCUUCUUUAACUGUACAAGAAGUCAAUUUGGAACAGAUUUGGGUGCCAUUUUCUAUUAGUCAUGAAGACUUUGAAGUAAAUGUUUCUUCUGUAACUUUUAACGUUUUAAAUCGGUGGUCAAGUUUUUGUUCUAUUUGUCAUGGAUGAGUUGUGAAAGUUCCCUGAAGAUUAUGUAAGAUCCAGGCAGAAGAGAUUCCUCUUCCUAAUCAAUAGUAGCAGUUGUGGAUAAUGUUUUGUUUUCUUCUUGGAAACUAUGGAAUUUUUUUUUAAUGUUUAUAGAAUUUUGAGAUUUGAAUCUGUGUAACAGAAACAUCAAAAGAAGGGUCAUCAGUGUGAAAGUUCUUAUUGGUAUUACAGAUGGUUUUAUUAAGGAAAAAAAGUUCUGUUAGUCCUAUAAGAUUUUCAGUUAUAGCGGAGCUAAAGGGGAUUUUAGAGAUUUUCUACUCCUGUUUUUUCACUUUCUAGAUGAGGAAAAUGAGGCCUAGAAAAGUUAUAUAAUUGUCCAAGGUACAGCAGCUAAUAGUAAAGCUGGAACUAAGAUAUAGGCCUUCUGGUUUCCAUUAUAUCUGUUUUCCUUCCCUUCCUUAAUGUGUUCAGUGAUCCUGCUGAAAUUUUAGUGAGGUAUAUUUUCUAGGUUGCUUUACUGGCUGGGUUAGGAUCUAUGACUUAAGCAAAUUGUGGUGUGGAAAAAUUUUCUAGUAAUGCAGUUGAGAAAUUCAUAGAAAUCUUUAAAAAAUUGUUUAGGGAUACUGAGCAGUAGGUGCUGAACUUGUAUUUGUCAAAGGCAGAAUUUGAAUUUAGCUCUUCCCACUUUGAGGACAACCCUUUAUCUACCUCACUGCCCUAGCUCUAUUGAAAAUAUCAAGAACUAAAAUGUCACUUUUAUUUUUAGGAUAGAUCACUGAUGAAUGGUAUGUUGUCUAUUCACUCUUCUUAAUAAUACUGUAGAUAUAAAAUCACCGCUGGUUGGGGUUUCUCAGAGAAAAAAAGUAUAUGUAUAUGUGUAUAUACAUGUGCAUAUGUAUAUAUGUGUGGACAUCCAUUAUAUGUCCCCACAUAGAUAUACGCCUGCAAAUGUAUAUAUACUGUGCCUACAACAUAUGUGUGUAUGUUUUAGUAUACAUACAUAUAUUUGUACACAUAUAUUUUGGACUUUGGACAACAUUUAGACAUAUGAACUUCACACUUCAAUGGCACUUUGGUAGUCCUUCUGUGAUCCUAAGGCAUAAUUUACAAUUUGAUAAGGGUAUUGUUAUAUAACUUCUAACACGCUCAAAAUACUUAAUAAAUUUUAACCACCAACUUAAAAUAAUAUCAUUUAUGUAAAAUUUUUUUUUUUAAGCAUGCUACAGAUGUCAACACGAAGGAUCAAUGUUAUUCUGUCUGUAAACUGUAGAUCAAUCCUUUAGUGAAUUAAACUGGUUGAAAGCAAACUGAAUAUUUGCUAUUUUCUGAUACAAAUGCCUAUUGAAUUGGAAAGAGGUUAAGCCAGGAAAUUGCAGAAACAGAAUAUCCUUUUGUGGUAAUAUCACCAUAGUAAAAAUGGAGAAAUUAAAGUAUGAUAAGGAUCAUCCACUUCCUCAAACCAAACCAAAAAUUGUCAGAAAAUUUUCCUUUGUGCGGGGAACAUUUUUUAUUUAAAAAAUU